UCUCUCUCUCUCUCUCUCUCUCUCUCGUCGGUAAAGAUGUAUCGACUACACCGGACCAGCAACGAUACAUGGAAGUCGCUGGUGACCUCCUCUGCCAUCACCGACACAAAGGCGCCGCAGGUGCCCGAUGGCAGGCGGCCAUCCACGGCAGGCAUUCAAAGCAAGCGCAAUGCCCUGCACAAGCAUCUCAAGCAGCAAGAACAGCAACAAGAACAGCAGCAGCAGCAGCAGCCACAACUGCAAACGCCAUCGUCAUCCUCGACAGCAGAAGCAGCAAGUGUUGACGCUGAUCAGGCGCUGGGCAACGAUGUCGCUGCCCCACAAACACACCAGCAUGCAUGCCCACUCACUGGCAAGGAGCUAGCGUCCUCCACCCCGUUGUUGCAGGCGUCCACCCUGUCUCUGAAGGACUGUGUGGAUCCAGCAGCGCUUGCGCGCCUCAAGGACGAGUUCGGCCUUCACGUGCCCAUUGAGGAUCAGAGCCCCUGGAACCCGGACGAGGUUCCGCAGCUGGACGCGGCUGAGGACCCAUUUGGGUUUUGCAAGAAUGGGCCACCAAACCUGUACCACAUUGUUCGUCGCGAGGUGCAUCGUGUUCAGGGCAUCCCGCACCACUGUGAUGGAGUCAACAUGUCGUAUCUGCGGCGCGCAGACGCUGCUGCCGUCAAGCCAACAAUCUUCCAGCGCAAAACCUGGCUCUGGCAGGCGCUUGAGAUGGACGCGUGCAAGGAUCUCGACAAGAAGUCGAAGAAGCGAAACGGCGAGCGCUACGUUGCCCGCCUCUCAAAGUACCAUGCACUCAAGCGCAAGUACAGACAGGAGUGCAAGGACAACCACAAGCUUAAGCAGGAGGCGAUCAAGUCUGUGCUGAAGGAGUUUGAGGAGACGUUCAAGGCGUCCAUGUGGACCGUCACCCAAUUUCGUAAGGGCAUCGACCAGCUCGAGACCCCUGACGCAAUCCCCUUUCGCGUGUACAAGGGCAGCAGCAGCAGCAGCAGCAGCAGCAGCAGCAGCAGCAGCAGCAGCAGCAGUAAGGCGCGCGUCGGGGUGAAUGGUGCUGUGAGGGCUGGAGGGAAAGCCAACGGCCACGAUGAUGGUGACGACGGUGAAGCGAAAGCGACAGUAUUGGCGAAGAAGAAGAAGAAGAGCAGGAGGAGCAAAGCCAGCGCAGCGGCCAGCGAUGCGACUGCAUCAUCACCGCACCCGAAGGCCUCCACUGCUGCUGGUGCCAUCAAGCGUGAAGGCGCGAGUGGUGUUGUUGGCGGUGGCACGGACGCUGGCGGCGGUGUUGUGGUGAAGGAGGAGAAGGACGAGGAGCCGCAGGAUCCGGUAGCGGUGCUUGAGAUGCAGAUUGCAACGGCAGAGAAGCACAUGAAGGAAAUCACACACGAGCUUGAUCAGCUGCAGGCACGGCAGCGGCGGGCGUACGGCGAUGCGCAGAUCAUCGCAUCCGUCUCCGCACACGCGUCCAAGAUCCACGUCUCCGUUGCACGGCGUGACAUCUCAAGGGCUGCGCGCUCGUUCAACCAGGGGCGGCAGGCGGUGCAGCACAACUGCCGUAAAGUGGCGACGGAGUGCCAGCGGCGCAUUCGCCAGACGGCCGUCAAGGCCAGCAUCAAGGCCGAGCGCGACAAGAUGAAGAAGUGCAGGAAGCUCGUCAGCGAGAUGAUGCUGUACUGGAAGCGCAAUGAGAAGCUUGAGAAGGAGAAGCGGAAGAAGGCCGAGAAGGAGCUGCAGGAGAAGCGAAAGCGCGACCUCGAGUUGCGCGAGGCCAAGCGCCAGCAGCGCAAGUUCAACUUCCUCAUCACCCAGACAGAGCUCUAUGCCCACUUCAUGUCCCGCAAACUCCAGCAAGGCCCCGGGUCCGGGUCUGCCGCUGCCGAGACGGAGCGCAUCCUGAGCAAGAUUGGCGACACCCCCGUGCACGUGUCAGACCCGUCUCUCGGGCUGGACGACGAACACGGUGGCGGUGUCGGUGGUGUCGGUGGUGGCGAGGACGAGGACGAGAGCGACGAGCAGCUGAAGCGGCGGGCGCUGGAGCAGGCGCAGGAGGCCGUGCUGCGGCACCAGGAGCGCACGCGCCAGUUUGACGCCCGACCAGGCACCCAGGACAAGGAGGAGCUGAACCAGGAGCAGUUUGACCAGCAGUUCAGCCUGGCCAACCCGAGCGUGAAUGCGGACAUGGCGCAGGUGACGCAGCCCACCAUGCUGCGCGGCCACCUCAAGGAGUACCAGCUCAAGGGCCUCCAGUGGUUGGCUGGUCUCUAUUCGCAGGGCAUCAACGGCAUUCUUGCUGACGAGAUGGGGCUCGGCAAGACGGUGCAGUCCAUUGCCACGCUCGCCCACCUUGCCGAACGCGAAGACAUCUGGGGGCCCUUCAUCGUCGUCACCCCGGCCUCCACCCUCAACAACUGGUGCAACGAGAUUGUCAAGUUCUGCCCAGACUUCAAAGUCAUCCCAUACUGGGGCUCGCAAGCGGAGCGCAAGCUGCUGCGCACGUUCCUGAACCCGGCGCGCAUGUACACGCGCGACGCCGACUUCCACGUGAUGGUGACGUCGUACGACAUGGUAGUGCGGGACGCAAAGUACAUUGGCAAGGUCAACUGGCAGUACAUGAUCCUGGACGAGGCGCAGGCGAUCAAAAGCUCAAGCAGCCACCGCUGGACGACGCUGCUCAAGUUCAACUGCAGGAACAGGCUGCUGCUCACAGGCACGCCCAUCCAGAACACCAUGGCGGAGCUGUGGGCGCUGCUGCAUUUCAUCAUGCCCACGCUGUUUGACUCGCACGCGGAGUUCAACCAGUGGUUCUCCAAGGACAUUGAGAGCCACGCCGCCAACAGCAACACGGAACUGGACCGCACGCAGCUGUCGCGAUUGCACAUGAUCCUCAAGCCGUUUAUGCUUCGCCGCGUGAAGAAGAACGUUGAGCACGAGCUACCUGGCAAGACCGAGGUGAUGAUGCACUGCCACCUGACGGCAAGACAGAAACGCCUGCACCGCCGCCUCCGCGCCAACCUCAACAUUGACCAGCUGGUCGUGGCAUCGUCGUCGCGUGGUGGUGGUGGUGGACGGCGUGGUGGUGGUGGUGGCGGCGCGGAUCGUGAUGUGGAGAAGCUGUUGAACCUCAUGAUGCAGUUCCGAAAGGUGUGCAACCACCCCAACCUGCUCAACCGGCGUAUCAUGCGCACGUCGUUUGUUGUCGAGGCGCCGCGCUGGCGUCGCGGCCACGAGCCCCUGGAGGCGAUGCCCCUCGUCGCCUACACCACCGCCACCGCCCUCCCGUGGACCAUGCCCAGGCUCCUCUUUGAAAACAUGCCCGCGCGCGCCGUUGCGCCGGGCGAGAUGGGCCACCGCCCCUUGUUGGCGCAGGCGUGCGGUGUGCACAGUGCUGCACAUGUGCUUGCAGGCAUGCUUGGGGAGGCGUGGCCUUUGUCCCGCAGUCCACGCAGCCGGAACGCAAUGAUGAUGAUGAUGAUGAAGAUGAAGGAAGACGGGACAGAGGAGAGCACUGGCAGUGUUACUCGUGGUGAUGGUGGUGGCGGCGUGCGAAUGCGUGUUCGCGCUGAUGAAUGUGCGGAGAGCAGCCUACAUGGGUGUCUGUUGUUUGCGGGGGUGAGCCCGCAGGACGUGGAAGACACGAUGACGGCGAGUAACAGCCAACUGCUACUGCUGGCGCAAUUGGCGCUCGCACACGACCACGCCAGGAAGCAGCGCUAUGUCCUCACCAGCGGCCGAGACACAACCACUGCUGAUGAUGGUGAUGGUGAUGGUGUUCGUGGUGGGCGUGGGAAUGCGAGUGUCGAUAGCAGCAGCGGUGGUGGCAGGGGUUGCGGGGUGUGGAGCGGGCCUGUGCUGGCGCUGCCACCGCGUGGUGUUGAGAUGUUUGACGACAGUACGAUUCUCGCACCGCGACGGGCCAUGAUGGCAGCAAUCACCACGGCCUGGAAACACACGGACUUUUAUGUUCCAAAGGCGAUUGCGCCGCCGCCGCUGCCGUUGUGCUCGUCCCCGGCGUAUGCGCGGGCGAUUGCACCGCUGCUCACCGCCGACAACGACCCCUUCACCGCCGCCCUCACCCGCUCCAUCAGCCCGGCGCGGGUGUGCACGCGUCGUGCCGCCCUGUACGCAACAACAACAACGACGGCGACGACAGCAACACCGACGGUCGAUGGCAACUGGCUCGAGGCAUCAAAGCCGGAACACGGAUGGAUCAGAUGCUUCCACCCUUCGAUGGACGACCUUGUUCGGGACUGCGGGAAGCUGCAGGCUCUUGACCGGCUGUUGAGUCGUCUGAAGAAGGAGGGCCACCGCGUCCUCAUCUAUUCCCAGAUGACCCGCAUGAUCGACAUCCUCGAGGACUUUAUGACGUACCGCAAGUACAAGUACAUGCGCCUCGAUGGCUCCUGCAAGAUCAGCGACCGCCGCGACAUGGUCGCAGACUUCCAGUCGAGGGACGACAUCUUUGCGUUUAUCCUGUCGACGCGUGCCGGCGGAAUUGGCAUUAACCUGACGGCGGCAGACACGGUCAUCUUUUACGACAGCGACUGGAACCCGACCGUGGACCAGCAGGCCAUGGACCGCGCACACCGCCUCGGCCAGACACGCCCGGUGACUGUGUAUCGGCUGAUCACGAAGGGGACGGUUGAGGAGCGUAUUCUGCACCGAGCGCAGGAGAAGAGCAAAGUGCACCAGCUGGUGAUCCAGGGUGGCGGGUUUGCACCAGAGAAGCUCAAGUCAAAGGAAGUCGUCUCCCUCCUCCUUGAUGACGAGCUCGAACGAAAGAUGGAAGAGGAGCGAGCAAAGGCGGAGCAGAAGAAGCAGGAGAAGCAGAGCAAACGCAAGGACCGCAGCAAGAAGACGCCAACGCCAACACCAACACCAACACCGGCCGGUGCUGGGAACGCCACCGAUGAUGACAAUGAUGACAAGGGCAGCGGCGAUGCAGGGAGCACUCGUGGCCGUGGUCGCGGUCGUGGUCGUGGUCGUGGUCGUGGCCGUGGAAGAGGGACAGGUACAAGGAGAGGAAGAAGUGGGACAGGGGGAGAGAGGGGAAGGGGAAGGGGAAGAGGGACUCGGGGCAGCGCGAGCACCGGUGCCGGGAGAGCACGGGGAGGGAAGGCGGCAGAUGGAGGGAGUGGCAGUAGCAGCAGCCGAGGUACACGCGGCACACGGGGCGCACGGGGGAGAGGAAAGGGAAGUCGUCACCGGUCAAGUUGA